AUGAUGGCUAAUAAAAACGAUGAGCAUCAUCUGUUGACACCAACAUUAAAAACUAUGAAGCCAGGAACAGAUGUACACAAUAUUUUACCAUCAUAUCCUAUGAAUUCAAGUAGAGAUUCUAAACGUCAUCGAGCAGUAUCUCAACCAGAUGGGACUAUACAAUACACAAUUAGUAGUACUGAUACAUUAGAAAAGGUAGCACUUCGUUUUAAUUCGACACCAUCGGAAUUGGUUAAACUCAAUAAACUUAAUACACGUACCCUGUAUCCUGGACAAAUAUUAAUCGUACCUGAAGAAUGUUCAUCAAAUAAUUCAAAUCAACAAAAAUCAACAACUACUGUUCCUAUUGAUAUAAAAUCUUCUUCAUUAUCAACAACAACAACACAAAAAGAUAGUGAUGCAUUUAUUCUUCUUAAAGAUAAUCGUUCACCAAGCGUAUCUUCUUCAUCACCUCCUCAUUCAUUACAAAAAGAUAUUGGUCCAAUGGUUUGGUCAAUGGCUCGAAAUACGACAGCACGACCAGGUCGUGCUGAACGAUUAAAAAGUAAUUCAAAUAUUGAAGAUGAAUCAUUAUCAUCAUCAUCAAAAACAAUUGAAGAUAAUUUAAAAUCAUCAAAAGAUGAUAGUAAACAAACGAAAACAUUACAAAAAUCUUCAUUAGUAGAUAAAAAUCAUCGAUUAGAUGAAGAAUGUUUACAACGUUUUAUUAAAGUUAAUGUACGAUUAAUGACAGAAGAUCAUGAAAGUGUUGCCGGCACUUUACUUGUUACACCUAAUGCAGUUAUGUUUGAUCCCGAUGUACUCGAUCCAUUGGUUAAAGAACAUGGUAUUGAAAAAUAUGGAUUGAUAAUACGGUUAGUUAAAUAUUUUAUUUUAUUAUACCAAACUUUUUUAGUCGUUUUCUAUUAAGUCAAAGAAAACAAACGAAUAUAUUAUCAAACGUUUUUUAUUCUAUUUUCGGACAUCUAAAUGAUAAGUCUACUGAUAAGAAAUAUACUGAAAUAAAAAAAAAAAGAAGCUCUUGGUCGAUAUGAAUAUCAAUUGUUAUAUUUGAUGAAUCAUCAAUUACAAAUUUCAAUAGUAAAGAUAAAUUCUACUUCAUUUGUCUCAUAUAAUAGAUGAUUGGAAAGUUUUUCGACAAGAUGUUUGUUCACUUUUGAUCUACUUGAAAG